GCGGGAGGGCGGCCGGCAGGACGGGCACGGGCGAACAUGGCGGAGGCCUCGGCGGCGGGCGCGGGCGCUGCCGUCCCUCCGCACCGCUUCUUUUGCCACUGCUGCAAGGGCGAGGUCAGCCCCAAGCUGCCGGAGUAUAUUUGCCCCAGAUGUGAAUCAGGCUUUAUUGAAGAAGUGACUGAUGAUUCCAGUUUUUUAGAUAGUGGUGGCAGCGGGAUAGACGACAACACUUCUACGCAGUUUGCAGAGCUCUGGGACCAUUUGGACCACACAAUGUUUUUCCCAGACUUUAGACCAUUUCUAAGUAGCAGUCCACUGGACCAAGACAUUAGAGACAAUGAACGGGGUCAUCAAACUCAUGCAGAUCUUUGGGGACCAAGCAGGCCACCCAGACUGCCAAUGACCAGGAGAUACCGAUCCCGGGGGAGUUCUCGGCCUGAUAGGUCCCCAGCAAUUGAAGGAAUCAUUCAACAGAUCUUUGCAGGAUUCUUUGCAAACUCAGCAAUUCCUGGAACCCCCCACCCUUUUUCAUGGAGUGGGAUGCUGCACUCCAAUCCCGGGGACUAUGCCUGGGGUCAGGCGGGGCUUGAUGCCAUUGUCACCCAGCUCUUGGGGCAGUUGGAAAACACCGGGCCUCCCCCAGCUGAUAAAGAAAAGAUCACAUCCCUUCCAACAGUGACAGUAACUCAGGAACAAGUUGAUACGGGUUUAGAGUGUCCAGUGUGCAAAGAAGACUAUGUCGUUGAAGAGAAAGUACGACAGCUACCUUGCAACCACUUCUUUCACAGCAGCUGCAUUGUGCCAUGGUUGGAACUGCAUGACACGUGUCCUGUUUGCAGAAAGAGCUUAAAUGGUGAGGACUCCACUCGGCAAACACCAAACAGCGAGGCUUCUUCGAGCAGCGGCUAUAGCAGUGACAGCCAACUUCAUGACCCAUGGACUUUCUGAAGCUCAAGACCCAUUGAGCUGGGGCCGUGGUAGUCUUACUACAAAUGUACAUUGUAUAAAAAAUAGUAUGUGGCUAUAGGAACUUCACCAGAAUCCCGACCCAUAAUAUUAAUGCAACGAGUGCUGUCCCUCUCCAAAUUUAAAGUUAGCAUUUACAGAUGGAAUUGUAUCUACAUCCGAAUGCCUCUUAUUCCUGAAUUCAGAGUGAUGACUUGAUUUUAUACUUGUGAAACUUAAUUAUGUGUCUCUUUCAGAAUGAAAUAAAUUCCUUAAAGGUCUA